UCUAUUUGUCAAAAGGUAGCAGCCAAUUUCAAUUUGACUACACUCUUUCUUCACCUAACUCCUUGCAUCUUCUUCUUCUUGUUUCUACGUGCUUCUAACUCUUAAAGCUCCAAAUUCUAUCUAUCACAGAUCAAAAAUCCAGCGGCAGGGUGCAGAAGAAUGGGAGCUGGACGUGAAGUAGCAAUUUCAUUGGAUGGAGUUAGGGACAAGAACAUGAUGCAACUCAAAAAAAUCAACACCGCUAUUUUCCCAGUACGCUACAAUGAUAAGUACUACACUGAUGCCAUUGCCUCUGGUGAUUUCACCAGGCUAGCAUAUUACAGUGAUAUCUGUGUAGGUUCAAUAGCAUGUCGCCUUGAGAAGAAGGAAAGUGGGGCUGUUCGUGUUUACAUAAUGACUCUGGGUGUUUUGGCUCCAUAUCGUGGGUUAGGUACUGGUACAAAGCUGUUGAAUCAUGUCCUCGAUCUUUGUGCCAAGCAGAAUGUUAUCGAUAUUUAUUUGCAUGUGCACACAAUUAAUGAAGAAGCCAUCAAUUUCUAUAAGAAAUUUGGAUUUGAGGUUACUGAUAAAAUCUCAAACUAUUACACAAACAUUUCCCCACCAGACUGUUUUGUCCUGACCAAGGUCAUCACUCAAACAAAGAAACAGACAGUGUGAGCUGUUUGAUUGAGUCGUCUUGGUCACGCCUUUACUGUAUCUUUGAGGUUCUGAGCCUCUUGUGGUUCUAGUUUUUGCUAUUUAUGGGCAAUGUGCCCCUAUUGAAUUGUGACUGAGUUCCCCCUCCGCUCUCCCUCGUCCUCGUCUUUUGGUAAAUUAUCUUUGCUGUGCAACAGAACGACAGUUGAAUGAUUUCCCUGUAAUAGAAAUAGUACAUUGCAAUGCAAACAUUCAAGUUAGUUAGUUAA